UCACAGGAAUGUUUCAAAGGAAGUUGGUCAACUCAUAAGCUCCUCCAUAAGAAAGCCAAAAAUGAGAAAUCUAAAGAAGAAUCCUCCAAAACUGAGAAAGGUGAAGUUAACACAGAUCCCUGGCCUGGCUAUCGAUACACUGGCAAAUUGAGGCCGCACUAUCCAUUGACCGCCAUGAGACCUGUGCCAAGUUACAUCCAAUGGCCUGAUUAUGCUCAUCAUCCUUUGGGUGUUUCUGAAUCAGAGCAGUCCUUAAAGGGAACGUCUCAAAUCAAAAUUCUGCCACCAGAAGACACAGAAGCAAUGCGAGUUGUAUGCAAAUUUGCCCGGGAAGUACUGGACGUUGCUGCAAUGAUGGUGAGGCCAGGAGUAACAACUGAAGAGAUAGAUCAUGCUGUUCAUCUGGCCUGCUUAGCACGCAAUUGUUACCCAUCACCGCUCAAUUAUUACAAUUUUCCAAAAUCGUGCUGUACUUCUGUAAAUGAGGUGAUCUGUCAUGGAAUCCCAGAUGCACGGCCAUUGCAAGAAGGUGACAUUGUUAAUGUGGACAUUACAGUUUACCGCAAUGGCUUCCAUGGCGAUUUAAAUGAGACUUUCUUUGUUGGUGAAGUGGAUGAAGGCUCCAAGAAACUGGUGCAGACAACCUAUGAGUGUCUAAUGCACGCCAUAGAUUCAGUAAAGCCAGGUGUUCGUUACAGAGAAUUGGGUAAUAUUAUACAGAAACAUGCACAUGCAAAUGGAUUUUCGGUUGUUCGAAGCUAUUGUGGACAUGGUAUCCACCGACUGUUUCAUACCGCACCCAAUGUGCCACAUUAUGCCAAAAAUAAAGCUGUUGGAGUGAUGAAGCCUGGUCAUGUGUUUACAAUUGAACCCAUGAUUUGUGAGGGGGCAUGGCACGAUGAGACGUGGCCAGACAGCUGGACUGCAGUAACCAAGGAUGGCAAGCGUUCUGCACAAUUUGAGCACACCCUUCUGGUUACGGAGACCGGCUGUGAGAUCUUGACAAGACGCCUGGAGGACAAUGGUCGGCCUUAUUUUGCAUCACAGUUGUAGCCCAACCCCCUCACUCUUGUACCUGCUGGCAACUUCCUUGCUGUCUUCACCUGGAAUACAACAAAUGCCUUAAGGCACUUGAUUUGUCUUUUUUUUGGUUCGGAUGCUGCAAAGCACUGGAUGCACAAACAGCCUGUUUGCAAUAUAUCUUCUUGUCCCUUCCUACCCGUCCUCCUCCCCAAAAUACCUCUGGUCCUAAUGGCAACUCUUACAUGCUUGUAUCUUAAAUGUUUCUUAUUUGAAUAAAAUUUGCGACUUCUA